AUGCAGUCCAUUGUACUCUUUAGGGACCUCCUCUUCUCAAGAAGACAGGAGAGGAGAGUGAUGAGAGGAAUUCCAGAAAAGGAAGGACUGGGUUGGAGUCUAUUCCUUAAGAGCGGACUCGUCUUGAGUGGCUGUUCCAAUGGUUUGCUUCAUAGCCAAAGAAUCCAUAAUAAAGAUUUACUUGAACUGUGCAGAGUGGUAUGCGUGCGGCAUAUUGGUGUAUCGAUGCGUAUCGGCAUCGAACCUUCCGGUAAUGAUCAUACUAAUUCACUCUCGAACAUUAAUCAGCAUGAGCGAUCCCCUGCCAAGAGCGUACUCAUAAUAGCCACUACGGAUUUAGAAAUGUAUAAAUACAAGGACCUCCUCUCAGGUGGAUCCUUGGAUUUGCGGCCUCACGUCGGAAAGCAAUGCUAA